AUGGAGGCCAUUCGCGCCUCGUCCUCCGUCGCCGCCCGUCAUCACCUCUGCUAUUCGCCGCGCCAAGCCUCUCUUUCACCGUCGUCUCACCGCGUCGCGCCGAGCAUUCACUUCUCCGCGCUGCCGCCCGCCUGCCAUCCGCACUCGCGCGUCGCACCCACCCUCUCCGCCGCUGUGCGAGCGCAAAGCCCGUCGCGAUGCCUCUCGUCUCUGGGCCGCGCCAAGCCACGUCCGAUCGCCGUGAGAGCCACCCCGGUCGGCUCCAUGCGGCGAGUGACAAUAGCGGGGGCCGUGGUGGCGGCAACGGCGGAGGCGGGGUCUGCUGAGAGCGAGGGUGGCCGUGCGGUGGAGGCGGAGGGCGGCGCAGCGCACGGGACGGGGCGUAGCGAGAGCAGCGCGGGCAGCGACGGCGGAGAGGGAGGUGAGGGCAGCGACAGCGACGAGGGCGGGCUGUCGCGGAAGGAAUUGCGAAAGCGGCGGCAGGAGCGACGAUUGCGGCUGAUGGAGCCGGAGGCGGUGGAGCAGCGGAGGCGGCAGCAGGAGGAGCGCGUGAUGGCGGCCAUGGCGCCGCUCAGGAAGCGCCCCGCCAACCCCGGUGGACGCCGCAAGAAGACGGCGCCGGGGGGAGAGGGGGAUGCGGGGAAGGCGGAGGGGGCAGAUGCAGAGGCGGGAGGGGAGGAGGUGAAGGCGGACGGAGUGGAUGGUGGUUCAGGGGAUGGGGGAGGUGAAGGGGGGGUGUUGGCAGGAGAGGCGGCAGUGGGUGGUGGAGAGGGGCAGGUGAUUGAGGCGAAGGGAAGCAUGGGCGAGGCAAUGGGGUCGGCAAUGGGGUCGCAGCAGGUGGAGGUGGGCGAUGUGGUGGAGGCGAUGAGGGCGCGCGGCAUGCAGUGGUGGAAGGUGGGCACGUUCCGCGGGGGCGAGUUUGAGGCGCAGCAGCACAUCGCCGCCCUGCUGGCCCACCACUGCCCGGGCGAACCGUGUGAAAUAUUCAUCCCGGCCAUCCGCUCGCCUCAGCAUGCCAGCAUAAUGCGCCGGGCAGCAGCGGCCAUGGAGGAGGGCGGCCCUCCCCCACCCUUGGGGGCGGGCAUGCAGCGCAUAGAGCCGUGUGUGCUCUACGUGCGCUGCACCAUGUCCUCCGCGCUCUACAAGCAGGUGGUGGCUCUGGAGCGAGUGAGAGGCUUCGUAGGGGAGGUGGUGGGCAAGGGCAAGUACGGCAACAUGCUGCCGCGGGCCAUCCCGCUGGUGGAGCUGGCGGCCGUGGUGGAGCUGGUGAGGGGCAAGCAGGCCGAGGCGGACCGCCAGGCGCACGACGCAGAGAGGCGCGGCGCUGUUGCACAGGCGGGGAAGAAGGGUGCAGGUGGGGCUGACACGCCGGAGGAGGAGGGGGGGUUGGAUGGCGAGGGUGAGGGGGGAGCUGCAGCAGGAGUGGUGAGCAAGGGGGCACGCAUGCGGUCGGCAGGUGUGGCAGGCCAAAUGGGAAGUCUGCAGGCAGUGGCAGCAGUGGUGGCGGGCCCUCUGGCUUGA